UUGCAUCUCUCUCUCUCUCUCUCUCCAUUCUCUCUUCGUCGUCCAAAUUAUACAUUCAUGGAGACUCCUGAAAGUCAUGGAACCCAACCCACAUUGCCAAGAAGAGAGAAGAUGAGAACCAAACAAGAACCUGAGAGGACUGAGAUGGGCCACAUACUCCAUCAUCAGUCCUCCAAUGGCCCCCACCGGAGAAGACGUUCCAAGAUUCAACAGAGGCUUGGAAGAAAGAAAAGGAGCAACAGUUCCAUCAAGUCCAAGCUUCACAGGAAUGUCUUCUGCACAGGAGAAUGCGAUGAAGACAAGGUUGGGAUUCAGAGGAGGAUCACCACCCUUCAGAGGAUUGUUCCUGGAGGUGAGUCACUUGGGGUAGAGAAGCUGUUUGAAAAGACAGCUUGUUACAUUUUGUCUCUGCAAUGCCAGGUUAACGCCAUGAAAAUUCUGGCAAGCUUUUUUGAAGGCUUGGAGAAAGAAAACAACAAGUUUGGAGGCUAAACCACCAUCACCAUCACCACCAUUAUUGUUUCAUUGCCUUUUCUCUCCUUUUAAACUCAAACUCAAUUGUUAAAUUCUGAUAUUUUCUUCUUCUUUUUUCCUUUUGUUAAUCUUUAAAUGGGUUGUUUUUUUUUGGCCUUCCCUAUGAAAGAAGAUGAGAGAUUAGUUAUGCUUAAUUUGUUGAUUUUUAUUUUUUUUUUCUCUCCUUUUUUUAUUUUGGAACCAGGAAAUCUAAUUAAUUAUGUGAAGAUAUACUAAACAUAGUAUCUUGUCCAUUAUAUCUUGGGGUGUUUUUGUAAAUUUGUAGCUCAUUUCUCUUGAAUUCUUGAUCAAUACAUGGACGGAUGGACCUACCUCAGAAAUGGCCUAAAGGAAGAUCCAUGAAUGCUUGAUCUGUUGUUUCUCUUGGAUUUUUAGGGGCUUGAGCAAGAAGACAGGGAAAAAGGAAAAUAGUUUUUAUUUUUUUCCUUUUUGGUGGAGAGAAGAAGGAAUUAAUGAAGGAUAUACAUCAACUUUCCUUUGGUGGGUUCCUCUGGUAAGCUGGUUACUGGUUAAAGCCAUAUCUUUAUGCCUUUUUACUUACUGGUUUAGAUGAAUUUCCAUUUUGUGAGGGCUGGUGAAAGUUAAAUCAAAUUGAUUUUUGGUUCAUGUAUUGGUAGCCUAAGGUGCAACAUUCUAUACUGAUAUGAUGACCUGGAGUCUACUCAUCCCCCGUGUAUAUAUGGUUUUACAGUAGAUAGCUAGCAUGGAGAGAGAGAGAGAGAUUGUUUUGGCCAAAUGUACCAAAUUGGCAAUUUGGGUCAAUUCAGGUCAGGUAGCAAAACAGAGUGGUGAAGUGCAGUGAUUGGCUAAAGUGAGUAUCUUUAGGGGCAUUUGGGUCAUUACACCCAUAGUUUGAUUUAUCAAAAUGCCUUUGAAAUUUUUAGUGAAGCUACUUCUUGGUGGAUCCACCUAUUGGAGGAAUCUUGUAGCCAAUCUGGAAUGGCUAUGUGUCUACUUUUGCGGUCCGCAUCAUCCCUAUGUCCCUCCUUGUACUGAAGUAAGGCCAAAUUAUGAUGUAAUCCAUCUCAAUUUUCAAUUAAGAGUCUGUUUGGGAGAGCUUCUGCA